AGCUGGCCAUCCUUGCCAUAGCUAUAGCGUGCCCAUUCCCCAAACGAGUCCAAUUCUCCAUCAUUCUCAUAUCACAUCUUCUCACCCUGAGCUCCCCCGAAUUAGUACGGCACUUUCGAAUCGAUCUCUCGCCGUGAGACGAAAGAUCUGAAACACGAGCUGCGCGGCUGAGGCGACCAGUCACCGUGCACCAAGUUCCGGACCCUGACUGGGGAACGCGCGAACUAACUUGUCAGCACCUUGAGACGUCAAGCGAAACCUUUCAAUUCACCUGAACAUUCUUGCCCCUAACCUCUCUUCGUUCGACCACAGCAGAGACACUCUCGUUGCGUCUUCUUCUCUGUUAAGCAUAUUGGGGAGAACACAUACUCGCCUUAAAAGCACCAGGAUCGAGACCGGCGUUCAUAGAGGCGAGCAAACGAGGCUAGCCCAUCAGCUGACUGCGUGAGCUGAGGCACGGUUCACGCGAAGCAAGGAAUGGCGUAUCAGGGCGGCGGAGGGUACGGCGACGAGCAUGGCCUGCCUCAUGGCUCGCAACCACUUCACGCACCCCCACCACAUGAGAGCGACGACGAUGAACAACAACGCUCACUCCUACAUCCCAACCCUAACGGCCCAUUCGAAGGCCCGUUCGACGAGCCAAUGAACCACCAUGGCGCUCCGACCAGCGGCUACAGCCUGGAGGAGUCGUAUAUGGGCGGGUCAGAGCACGGUGCACCGCCGUACAAUGGCCAUCACUACGACAAUGGCAUGGGUGGCGCGGUCCUUGAAGAUCCAGCCUACGGACCAAUCGACCGCAUUCCGAGCCCGUAUGCCCGACCCGAGUCACCUAACACACAAGCGUGGCGGGAGCGACAACAGCCUGGCGGUCCGGCAGCACAGCAGGGCGGCUUGAAGCGCAACGCCACUCGUAAGGUCAAGCUUGUGCAAGGCGCGGUGCUGAGUGCAGACUACCCCGUCCCGUCUGCCAUCCAGAAUGCCGUGCAAACGAAGUACCGCAAUGAUUUGGAGGCGGGAAGCGAGGAGUUCACCCAUCUGCGCUAUACGGCCGCCACCUGCGAUCCGGACGACUUCACGUUGAAGAAUGGGUACAAUCUCCGCCCGGCCAUGUAUAACAGACAUACGGAGCUGCUGAUUGCCAUUACCUACUACAAUGAGGACAAGGUCCUGACCGCCCGCACGUUGCACGGUAUCAUGCAGAACAUCCGCGAUAUUGUGAACCUGAAGAAGUCGGAGUUCUGGAACAAGGGCGGCCCGGCGUGGCAGAAGAUCGUGGUGUGCCUGGUCUGCGACGGUAUCGACCCUUGCGACAAGGGCAUGCUUGAUGUCAUGGCCACCAUCGGCUUGUAUCAGGAUGGCAUUAUGAAGAAAGGUAUCGACGGCAAGGAGACGGUAGCGCACAUCUUCGAGUACACCACGCAACUCUCUGUCACGCCGAAUCAGCAACUCAUUCGACCGCUCGAUGACGGACCUUCCACUCUGCCGCCCGUACAGAUGAUCCUGUGCUUGAAGCAGGAGAACAGCAAGAAGAUCAACUCCCAUCGAUGGCUGUUCACCGCCUUUGGCCGCAUUCUGAACCCGGAAGUCUGCAUUCUGCUCGACGCUGGUACGAGACCCGGCAACAAAGCUCUCCUCGCACUUUGGGAGGCCUUCUACAACGACAAGGAUCUAGGCGGUGCUUGCGGUGAGAUCCACGCUCUACUCGGCCGGGGCUGGCGUAACCUUCUCAACCCGCUCGUGGCGAUUCAAAACUUCGAAUACAAAAUCUCCAACAUCCUGGACAAACCGCUCGAAUCCUCCUUCGGCUACGUGUCCGUGCUACCCGGUGCUUUCUCCGCCUACCGUUUCCGCGCCAUCAUGGGUCGGCCUCUGGAGCAGUACUUCCACGGUGACCACACGCUGUCCAAGAAGCUCGGUCCGAAGGGUAUCGAGGGCAUGAAUAUCUUCAAGAAGAACAUGUUCUUGGCCGAGGACCGUAUCUUGUGCUUUGAACUGGUCGCCAAGGCCGGCAGCAAGUGGCAUCUGACUUACGUCAAGGCGUCCAAGGGCGAGACGGAUGUGCCUGAAGGUGCGCCCGAGUUCAUUGGGCAGCGCCGACGUUGGCUCAAUGGUUCGUUCGCUGCCACGCUUUACUCGCUCAUGCAUUUCUCCCGCAUGUACCGGUCUGGACACAAUAUUGUGCGCAUGUUCUUCUUUCACAUCCAGUUGAUCUAUAACAUUGCCACGGUGUUUCUCACCUGGUUUUCGCUUGCCUCCUACUACCUCACCACCAUCGUCAUCCUCCAACUCGUCAACACCUCCAGCACCAUCAACAACCAACCCGCCUUCCCCUUCGGCACCACCGUCACCCCCAUCAUCAACGUGAUAGUCGAGUACGGCUACCUCGCCAUGCUCCUCCUCCAAUUCAUCCUUGCCCUCGGCAACCGGCCCAAAGGCAGCAAGUGGAGCUACAUCACCUCCUUCUGCGUCUACGCCCUAAUCCAACUCUACGUCAUCGUCGACUCCGUCUGGCUCGUCGUGCACGCCUUCAUGGGCGACAACCUGACCGGCAUAGAAACGAACAAAGGCACCCAAGCCUUCAUCCACUCCUUCUUCGGCACCAACGGCCCCGGCGUCAUCCUCAUCGCCGUCGCCGCAACCUUCGGCCUCUACUUCGUCGCCAGUUUCCUCUACCUCGACCCCUGGCACAUGUUCACCUCCUUCGGCCAGUACCUCCUCAUGAUGACGAGCUACAUCAACAUCCUCAUGGUCUACGCCUUCAGCAACUGGCACGACGUCUCGUGGGGCACCAAGGGAUCCGAUAAAGCCGAAGCCCUGCCCUCAGUCCAAAGCCAAAAGGCCUCUGACGGCAUGGGCGCGGUGAUCGAGGAACCCGACCUCCCGCAAGCGGACAUCGACUCCCAGUUCGAACAAACCGUCAAGCGCGCGUUGACGCCGUAUGUGGCGCCGAAGGAGGAGAAGAAGGUCAGCUUGGAGGAUAGUUACAAGUCCUUCCGCACGCGGCUGUUGAGUGCGUGGAUCUUUUCGAAUGCGUUGUUGGUUGUGUUGAUCACGAACGAUAGUGUGGAUCGCUUUGGGUUUAGCAGUGGAGCUACUACGCGAACGGCGAACUUUUUCAGGGCGUUGUUGUGGGCGACGGCCGGAUUGAGCUUUAUCCGGUUCAUGGGGUGUCUCUGGUUCUUGGGGAGGAGUGGCUUGCUUUGCUGUUUUGCUAGGCGGUAAGGAGAGAGUGCGUCCUCCCUCCGUGCUGGAUGUUAGGUGCUUUGGCGUUUGGGGUAGCGUAGCGAAAGGCGUCCCGAAGGAAAGCAGCGCGUCUUAGCGUUUACUAGCAGUGCAAGAAAGUCUACAUCCGUCGAGCCUCAUACGUGUUCCGGGGGCCUGUCACUCGAAGAUUGAACGGGUUGGGUGAAGUGAUGUCUUAUUGCGUCGCAUAAUCUCAUCCCGAAUCCGCUUUGAGAGCGCUCCUAAACGCCACGCUAACCUCGUUGCACAGAGCACAUGAACGUUGUGAGAGCCCACCCAACUCCUAUGCCUUGAACGCUCUAGCCACCCGUCUCCGGUACAUCCGAGACGGCAACGGCAUCCCGGCAGCCAACUGUCCCUGCACAAUCUCCAACGCCGAAAUCUGCUGGCCCACGCCCCACGUGCCAUCGUAAGCAUUGAUGGUCCACUUCGUACCGCAUACAUUCGAAUC